UUUUUUUUUUCCCUUCAGCAGGCGUUCUAUUUUUUAUUAUUAUUAUUUUUAGAUACCAAAUAUUAUGCAUCAAGAAACACGUCCUGGUUCUGGUCAUCUCAUAGAUGGCUCACCUCUACCUUCUUCUUAUCUUUUACCUCAUCAAGAACGUAUUAUACAUCGUAACCAACCACAAUCAGAAGAACAACAACAACAAAGGCAACAACAACAACACAGACAACAAGGUACUACUUAUCUACCACCUCCACCAUUAUCUACAGGAAAUAACAAUCUUCCACCUCAACAUAAUAAUCAACCUUUACCACAUCAUCCAUCUGCCUUACUACACCAACAACAUCACCCUUCCAUCAUGUCUUCUAAUCAAUUAGCACAUCCACAAUUAUCGACUUAUUCUCCAUACCCACCACCAGCUCAUCCAACACGAGAAACUCCUAUCAAAGUUUACACCUGUCCAGAACCUGGUUGCAGUAAACAAUAUCCAGAUAUGGAGAGUUACCGAAUACAUGCUGGAUCUGAUCAUGGAACAAAUGCCAAUAAUAUUCAAGAUUCAAAUCUUCAAACACCAGAAAACCGACCUUAUGCAUGCGAACACCCAGGCUGUGGAAAAUCGUUCAAACAAUAUGGAAAUCUGAAAACUCAUUUAAGAAAGCAUACAGGCGAACGUCCUUAUCAGUGUCCAUAUGAGGGAUGUGGUAAGAAUUUUGCACAGUUAGGAAACUUGAAAACACAUGAGAAAAUACACUGGUCUGUCAAGCCGUAUACCUGCGAAUAUCCGGAUUGCAAUCGCGGCUUUACACAACGAGGCAAUUUGAAAGCUCACCUUAUCAAAGUUCACCAUGUUACCCCUUAGUGCUAUGUAGUAUAGAUCAGAUCUUCUACAAGCACAUCCCUCCUAUCUCUUUAUUCGUAUUAUCUCAUUUUUUUUUUUUUUUACCUUUGUUGAAAUUAUUUUUUUUUAUCUUCGUCAUUCAUCCCUCCGUUCAAAUAGUUUCCAUUAUUUUUAUUAUGUCUACUCUUCAAUAAAAAAAAAAAUAAAUAAAUUGUAAAUUAUUAUCACAUUU